AUGGACCAAAGAUGCGAAUGUUGUGGCAAUACGCUUCUUCAUUUGGCUGUUCAUAUCAAUUCGCUGGAAAUCGCUGAUCUGGUUAUAAAGACGCAUAUAAACGCAAUGAAUAAUAACAAUGAAACAGUACUACAUGUUGCCUGUAUUCGCUCCAAUCUACAAAUGAUAAAAUACUUAUUGUCCCGUGGUGCUGACCCAAAUCUUAGCGAUAGUGCGGAUGUUCUGCCAUUACAUAUCUGCCUUGCUAAAUAUGAACUCAGAGCAGCAGAGAUGCUUAUAAGUAAUGGGGCUCAAGUGGAUGUUCUUUUUUCACAAAGUUUUAAGCUGUCACCGCUUCACGUAGCCAUGCAAAAAGGCUCGAAGAAUAUGGUCGAGUUGCUAUUGAAAUACGGAGCGGCGGUCAAUGUUAAAGACUAUAACGGUGAAAGUCCGCUGUAUUUGGCUGUUAAACUGGGAGUGGAAGAAGCGAUACCACAAUUAUUGAAGGCUGGUGCUGAUUUGAACAUGAGAUAUAAAAAAAAUAGAACAAUUCUUCACAUAGCCUGUAAAUACAAUCGUGAGGACUGUGUACAAAUGCUUCUUCAUGCUGGGGUAAAGGUGAAGUCUGUCGAUGAUGACGGCAUGAGCGCCCUCCAUUUCGCGGUGCGCACAGACCAAUUCGGUUCCGUCGACAUGCUGGUCGCCUGCGGUUGCAAAAUUGAUCCCGAAGACAAUUGGAGACGUACGCCCCUUUACAUGGCCAUUCUCAAUAACCAGCUGCGGAUGAUAGUCUGCCUGCUAAGCUAUGGAGCCAACACCAAGAGCAUAAUGACACCAUUGCAGGUAGCCGUCAAGCGCGGCUUCAGAGACGUCAUAAGAAUUUUUCUCCACCACGGAAUUAACGUCAACGCUCAAGAUCAGUUUGGGAAGAAGCUUCUACACACUGCCGUUUAUCACGGUGACGAGUACAUGGUCGAAUACCUGUUGAAGCAAGGUGCUGAUCCCAAUAUCAGAGGCGAUUUGAAUUGCCCAAUUAUAACCAAUGCCAUCCGACGUAAGCACGUGAAAAUAGUUAGGUUGUUGGUCGAAUAUGGCGCUAAUGUAUGCUUAUGCGACGAUGUUGGCAGAACUCCCAUAUUCCACGCGAUGAAAAUCGAAAAUUUAGAAAUUGCGAAAAUUCUUAUGGACACUGGAAUACAAACUGUUAUUGAAGAAGCGAAAUCUUAUUGUAAAACUUUAUAUAACAGCUUUCUUUAUGACUUUCACGUUCCAAAUUUAUAUUUUAAAAGCUAA